AUGGUCGACGACGGUGUCGCGGCCAGCAGCUCAGAUGUCUCUAGGUCGGCGCCGCCUCCUGAAGAAAAGGGUGCAGGAGAACAUGUGGCAUGCACUGAGCCGACACGCAAAAAGCCUCGCUGGGAAAAGCCAAUUCCAUUGGCUAAUGCGGAGCUGCGGUCUCGCACUAGGUUCGUUCCAGCCCGCCAGCAGACGCUGCUGCGACUCCCGUCAGGCGUUAUGAAGCAGGUCACGCUCGAGCCUGGGAAGAUGAUAUCCAUCGGCAAGUUCGGCACGUUUAAGGCCGACGAGAUCAUCGGCCGCCCUUUUGGUCUCACGUACGAAAUCCUGGCUGAUGGCUCGUUGAAGAUUAUGCAGCAGGCUGUGGCAGAGGCCCUAGUUGAAAGUGAAGCCACGAACGAAAACAUUUUUGACGAUGGCGACUCGCAGGCCCUGUCCUACGAGGACAUCCAGGCGCUCAAGCAGGGCGGUGCUACAGGACGUGAAAUCAUCCAGAAGCAGCUUGAGGGUAACAAGAGCUAUGAGCUCCGGACUACGUACAGCCAAGAAAAGAUCAUGAAGAGGAAGGAGUCAAAGCACCUGCACUUUUUCACGCCUCUUCCCCCUGACACUUUCCAUGUCGCCGCUUACCACUUCGAGCGCAAUCCUGACAAGGUGCGCGGUAUGCGCUCCGAUGCAUUGGCCCAGUGUCUCUCUUUUGCGAAUGUCCAGGCUGGAGGCAAGUACCUCGUCGUUGACGGUACCGGGGGUCUCCUCACGGGGGCGGUCCUCGAGCGCCUCGGUGGUGCUGGCUCGGUUCACCUGAUUCACGAUGCUGACUCGCCGCCAGCCCUAGAGCUUAUGCCUCUGUUUAACUUGACGCCUUCCCACACAGAUGGUAUCCUGAAGACCAUGCACUGGGCUGCCACUGAACCUGCAUGGACUUUGCCGUCCCACAUGACGGAUGAGCUUGCUAAGGUCUAUGCAACUGAGCGCGAGCGCCAACGCGCACGUAAAAAGCGCGAGGGCAUCACAGACUUUAUCACUACACGCCAGCAAUUUUUCGAUGGGGAAUUUGAUGCUGUGCUUGUUGCAUCACCGUAUGAGCCCUAUUCAGUCGUAUACCGCCUGAUUCCCUACCUCGCCGGCUCGUCGAAUGUGGUCGUCCACAGCCCGCACCUCCAGCCACUCAUCGAAGCGCAGGCGCGCAUGAGAGCCAACCCUGUUUUUGUGAAUGUAUCAGUGACUGAGCCUUGGCUCCGCCGCUACCAGGUCCUGCCACAGCGAACUCACCCUGAUAUGAUGACGUCCGCGAGCGCCGGCUAUAUUUUGCACGGCAUCCGCAUCCUCGAUACCUCCACAGAGUAG